GGGCCCGGCCAGGGAGCCCCCAGGCCGCGGCUCGGGGGCCGCCCCCCCGCCCCGCGCCCAGCGCAGCCUGGCGGAGGCGGCGCCGUCGGAGGAGGAGGAGCAGGGCACUGCGGCUAGCCCCGGAUCGGGCGCCAGAGCGGCAGCGGCUUCGGCAGCGGCGGCGGCCCGAGCCGAUGCAGCGGGACGCACCACCCCGAGCCCCAGCCCCGGCGCCCCGACUCCCCGCGCCCCCGAUCGGGGCCGCCGCCACCAGUGGCGGCGGCGGAGGCGGGGGCAGCGGCGGUGGCGGAGGCGCCUCUGCAGCUCCGGCUCCUCCUGGCCUCUCGGGAACUACAAGUCCCAGGGGGCCUGGCGGCGGGCGGCGGACGGAAGAGGUGGGGUCGGCGCCGCGAGGCCGGAAGUGGCCGUGGAGGCGGAAGUGGCGCGGCCGCGGAGGGGCCUGGAGCACGGCGGCGGGACCUGGAGCGGGAGCAGCGACGGCGGCGGCGGCUGGAGGUGGCGGCGGCGCACUGGAGGCGGCCAUGGCAAAGCAGUACGACUCGGUGGAAUGCCCCUUUUGUGAUGAGGUGUCCAAAUACGAGAAGCUCGCUAAAAUCGGCCAAGGCACCUUCGGGGAGGUGUUUAAAGCAAAGCAUCGCAAGACCGGCCAAAAAGUGGCUCUGAAGAAGGUACUGAUGGAGAACGAGAAGGAGGGGUUCCCCAUUACAGCCUUGCGGGAAAUCAAGAUCCUCCAGCUUCUAAAACACGAGAAUGUGGUCAACUUGAUUGAGAUCUGUCGAACCAAAGCUUCCCCUUAUAACCGCUGCAAAGGCAGUAUAUACCUGGUGUUUGACUUCUGCGAGCAUGAUCUUGCCGGGCUGCUGAGCAACGUCUUAGUCAAGUUCACACUGUCUGAGAUCAAGAGGGUCAUGCAGAUGUUGCUCAAUGGUCUCUACUACAUCCACAGGAACAAGAUCCUGCACAGGGACAUGAAGGCGGCUAAUGUGCUCAUCACCCGUGAUGGAGUUCUGAAGCUGGCAGACUUUGGGCUGGCCCGGGCCUUCAGCCUGGCCAAGAACAGCCAGCCCAACCGCUACACCAACCGUGUGGUGACGCUCUGGUACCGGCCCCCGGAGCUGUUGCUCGGGGAGCGGGACUACGGCCCCCCCAUUGACCUGUGGGGUGCUGGGUGCAUCAUGGCAGAGAUGUGGACCCGCAGCCCUAUCAUGCAGGGCAACACAGAGCAGCACCAGCUUGCCCUCAUCAGCCAGCUCUGUGGCUCCAUCACUCCUGAGGUGUGGCCAAAUGUGGACAAGUACGAGCUGUUUGAGAAACUGGACCUGGUCAAGGGCCAGAAGCGGAAGGUGAAGGACAGGCUGAAGGCCUAUGUGCGUGACCCCUACGCACUGGACCUCAUCGACAAGUUGCUGGUGCUGGAUCCCGCCCAGCGCAUCGACAGUGACGACGCCCUGAACCACGACUUCUUCUGGUCCGACCCCAUGCCCUCGGACCUCAAGGGCAUGCUGUCCACCCACCUGACGUCCAUGUUUGAGUACCUCGCACCGCCGCGCCGGAAGGGCAGCCAGAUCACCCAGCAGUCCACCAACCAGAGCCGCAAUCCCGCCACUACCAACCAGACGGAGUUUGAACGUGUCUUCUGAGGGCCGGCCGCUGUUGCUUCUCAUUAGGGCCGUUGUUUUAUUUUUUCUUCUGCUCUGUGACUUGUGUUGUGGAGAUUUGGGGGCAUUUGAGUUUUUUCUCUAGUGCAUAUUUUAUUUAAUCCCCACCCUGGGCAUCAGGAACCAACGGAGCAGACUGGAAUACAGCUUUGGCUGAGAGUCCAGGAAGGCACUUGGGCUGCCUCACCCCUUUGGGGUGAUUCCCAGAGGGUCUCCAUUUACCUUAGGACAGGAAUGAGAUGGGAGGAAAGGCACACCCCACUGGUGACUUUCUAAGAGAUCCCAGCGUGCUGGGAGGAGGGGACAGGUCCCUCGCCCAUCCCCAGCCCUCCUCAUGGGAUGAGAAGCUGGCGUGGGGGACAGAACCGGCCUUGGGAAUGGGCUGCUCUUGGCCUAACCCUCAGAAGCUCUGGGGCUGGUGGAAACUCUUGGUUUCUUCAGUAGGACAAUUUUAUCGUGUUUCUUUGUUCAAUUGUUCAGAGACAUUCCUGGAUGCAGUUUGGUCAGUUACAAUUAAAGUUGACUCUUUUUCAGUAAA